ACUGUGUCUUUGGUGCAUGGUGGGGAAGAAGUACCGGUAACUAUUUUGAGGGACACUGGGGCUUUUGAUUCAUUCAUCCAAGCUGGUGUUCUCCCUUUGACUAAUGUUUCUGACACUGGUGAUAAGGUUCCUAUCCGGGGCAUAGACAUGAAUAUUUUGUUGGUUCCCUUGCAUAAUGUUGUCCUAAAAUGUGAACUGUUCCAGGGAGAAGCAAAGCUCGCUGUGCGCCCAGCACUGCCUAUUCCGGGUGUGACGCUGAUCCUGGGCAACGACCUAGUGGGUGCUAAGGUCUGGGCUGGGGUCCCGCCGCCGCCGGCAGUGGUGACCUCUGUUCCCUUGGUAACAGAGGAAGAUGAUGAGGGUGAAAAGAAGAGUGUAAAGAAGAAGCGGAAAAGGAAGAAGUCGUCGGCCAGGAAAGCUUCAGACGGCUCGGCUGCAGAGUCUGAUGCGGAGAGCAAGAAGAAGAAGAAAAUCAAGGAGGAAGGUGAUGAGAAGGACGAGAAGAGCCGGCACAGGAAGAGAAAGGCGGAGCGAAUUCACAAGGACUCUUCCUCAGGGUCCUCGGUGGUCUCUGAAGGGGAAGAGGCUGUUGACGCCAAGAAGAAAAAUAGAAGCAGUGAAGAGAAGGACAGAAUAACAAAAUCCAAGAAGAAGAGGCGGAAGAAGCACAAGAAGCACGGGAGGAAGAGUAAGAAGAGGACGGCGUCGGGCUCGGAGCACGACUAGGACCCGCGGCCUCAUCGCUGGGACCUCACUCACUACAGACUGUCCAAACCAGAGAUUGAUAAGAUGGUCACUGUUCCUGCAAUCCUAUGCCCUGGACAUUCGUCAUGUUAAAGGGGCGGAGAACGUGGUGGCCGAUGCGCUGUCACGGGCUCCUCAUGACUGAGGUCCGGUCUCCGUUGGUCCUUUUUGCCUCUGUCUGUCUUGCACCCCUUAAAGUGCUUCCGUGGUACCGGUUGCUGGGGUGAAGGCCUGUGACAGUGGGCAGGCGGCCAUUGGAGUAGAGGUUGGGUAUGACAGGGAGUAGAUAGUAUAUAUUUAUCUAAGGUUAAAUGGGUUGCCGGUGAUCCCUUUGGGACUCCGUCUUUAUGGGGGGGGGUGUGACGGUUCCCUGUAUGUUGUGUCUUCCAUUUGUUUUUAGGACUGGGGAGCAGAGACCUAGGCCUACUCAAUGGGUCAUUAGGGGUGAUUGGCGUGCACCUGGGCCCGGGUGCCAACGCCCUAUAAGAGUCUGCUUCCCCAGUCCUUCCCUCUCUGUUCUUUUCAGCUCCAUAUCCAUGCACACCUUUCAACACUUAUGUUAAAACAACACACACACCUAUAAUCCACUCAUGCAUACACACUCCACACUACAGACUUACUGACUUCCACAUCCCAUACUUUUAUUAUAAGUUGAGCACUUGGAUUGGUUUGGUUUGAUUAAAUACUUAUUUUGUUUGGGAAACUGUUGUCUCCUGUCUUUUUGUUGUGUAGCCUGGCGCCCCUAGGCCAGGU